CAAACAAACAACAGAAACAUAAAGUUAGUUAUCGUGCCUGACGAUUUGGGAAGGCCUUCAAGUAGCUGAAGAGUGUUGUCUCUCUCGCAGCCUGUGGUAAUUGUUGAGAAAUGCACGUGAACGCUAUGCUCUGCUUGGAAAUGACUCGGUAACUUUGCUGCAGCCAUGGCCUCCUCCAAGACGAAAGCUGAUUUGAAGGUAAUCAUAUUGGGAGCGGCGAGGGUAGGAAAGACAUGUCUUAUUCAGCGUUACCUGCACGGCACCUUUGAGAGUACGAAAGCGACGAUCGGAGCUUCGUUCUUUCUCAAGCAUUGGGAUGGGUAUCACGUGGCUAUUUGGGACACAGCCGGUGAGGAGAAGUACCACGCCCUCUCCUCGUUCUACGCACGCAACGCCUCCGCUGCCAUCUUGGCGUACGACAUCACGGACGUGAGCAGCUUCCACUCGUUGCAGAAGAGCUACCUUCACUUGCUGGACGCCGCCAAUCCCAAGUGUCUGUGUGCCGUGGUGGCGUGUAAGAGUGACCUGGUGCCGCAGCACGGGCGCAAUGUCGACGUCUCCACGGCUAUGGAGUUUGCCCGUGAGCACAACCAGUCACGCGGCGCACCACUGCCGGUGGGCUGUCCGAACUGGGACAGCGCUUACUUCGAGACGAGCAGCAAGACGGGAGAUGGAGUGCAGGCUGUGUUUGACUUCCUGCAGCGCACCCUGCUCCAGGGCAUGCCACCAGCGGGAGAGUCGGCCACCUCAUUACCGCCGAGCAUUGCACACACGCUGGCCGUCGUGGACCGAGAUCGGGGCAGUGUCAGUGCGAACGACAAGGAGCAGUCGAAGGGCUGCUGCUCAUAAGCACAUUCUUCAUCCAGUGGGUCAUUCUCUGUUCGUUCACUGCUGAAGUAUUAUGUGCGCCGAGUAGGCAUCUAUGCGGAAGCUGAAGAUUCUGUAUUCCAUAUUUGUAUAUUUGAACUUGAUAUCCUCUUUUUUCGUACUUCAAGAGUAUUUUCCGAUCGAGUGCGGGCACUUGGCUUUACGACUAUAUUGUCAUGUUUUUUUUUUAAUGUGCGGCUCGCUGUGUACGUGUGAAUAGUAUUAGGUUUCAAUUCUGGUGUUGUCGCCGACUCUCUCUCUCUCCCCCUCUCUCUCUCUCUCUCUCUCUCUCUCUCUCUCUCUCUCUCUCUCUCUCUCUCUCUCUCUCUCUCUCUCUCUCUCUCUCUCUCUCAUUCUCUCUCUCUCUCUCUCUCUCUCUCUCUCUCUCUCUCUCUCUCUCUCUCUCUCUCUCUCUCUCUCUCUCUCUCUCUCUCUCUCUCUCUCUCUCUCUGUUUGUCUGUUGUUAGCUCUGUUUAGCCAGUUCUAUUGUCCUCCUUCCGUUGUGACAUUCCCGUGUUGUGCACUGGCGCCAUGGAGAGAACUCUACCCCGACGGAGGUGUGUGUGGGUGUGCUAGGUGUGUCAUUGUAUCCGUUUAGGUAGAUUUUUGCAAUCUACCUAGCUUCUGGAUCAUAAUUAUGCUCGUUUUGAUUAUUCUUUAUCUUUGUGUUUCUAGGUUGCCUGAAAUGUAUAUCUUCCCCUUCCCCCCUCCCCCCAACCCUCUCUCGAUCACUGUUUUUUUUUCUCAGUAUCGCAAUCAACAGAACCAACUGGAUAGUUGGAUAGCUGUAUAUAUAGGACUGCCUAUUGAACUAUUAAUUUUGUUUGCUUUUUGUUUUGCUUCUUGUUUUUAGACUUUUAUAGGAAGGCAGCAGGCCAGGUAUGCCUCUCUUUUGUUUUGCUUUACUAGCACGCUGUACAUAUUUUGAAGCACAUGGAAGUGUGCCAACUGAUGCAAACGUGUACUUUGUGGACUGGCUGGCUCACCACUGUUUCGAAGCGGAAUUUUCCUUUUUUUAAUUGUUGAAAAAUCUUUCAAUAUACCCACGA